GAAAAUCGAAAAUUACACGCGGGAGAUCUCUUUCCGCCGAUCUUCGUCCGUUGGUCAACAACCCUCAUUACAGCGACUUGGAAAUCCUCUGUAAAGAUGGUGUGAUUCUUCAUGGUAUACGUUCCAUCCUUGCCGCCCGUUCCCAUACCAUGGAACAAAUCCUUUAUGCUUCCUCCACCAUAUCUUCUCACCCACCCACGCCACAAAAAACAGCUUUCUCCAAAGAUUUUAGUGAAAAGUAUCCGUCCAAGAAAGACAUAUAUGAAAAAUACGUGGUUCUUCCUGAUAUCGAUUCUACCUCUUUAAUAUUAAUAUUAGAAUAUUUAUAUACUGGCAGUAUGUCGACCAGUGUGUUAAACGUGAGCAACGUCAUUGAAAUGUAUCACGCAGCUGAGUACUUUCAAUUAGAUCAAUUGGCUGCAGAGAUCGAAGAGUACCUUCGACAGUGCAUUAAGGAUGACAAGAAUGCAUUGAAAAUUCCAGAAUUGUUUUCGAAGGCUUUUCAGUUACUGUCGCACAUGAAAUCACCUUUGUUUAGUGAAAAUGUUGAGCAUUCAAAAUUACAUAUUUUGACGCCACGUGGAAAGCCACAACCAUCACUGCUAGUAAAGCAUAAUGGCGUUAUUAGUUUGUUGAUGGAAUCGGCAUCAAAGGUUUCAUUGGAUUUAAUAGAAGUUGGUGCACUAUCAUUCAAUACAUUGCAGUAUUUCUUAUCGCAUACAUUUGAUGACGAACGUUUCACCAGCGCAUUCGCUUCAAGUGAGUACUCUUUACUCCGAUACUCUAUUCUCAUUUCGGCAAAGAAAGUGUCGUACGAAGCAUUUACCCUCCUUGAACGUCAUCUUCCUAAGUGGAAGCACUUUUCCUCCUCGGGUGAUGAGGCUUCGAGUGAAGGCGAGAGAGACGAGGGAGAUGACUCAGAAUUCAAACGUCGAAGAAAAAUACCUCACAAUGGAAUCAUACAAACCAUAAGAGAAAAUUAUUCAUCAUCGAUAUAUAAAGUACUAACUCCGUUAAUGGAAUUCAUUAACCUGAGAAGGAUUAACGGUAGAAUAUUGGCGGACUGGGUCGAACCAUUGGGAAUCUUACCGAGCAGAAUUGUAAUGGAGGCAUUUAAAUUCCAUCUAAGGGAGAAGGUGCCAUUACCUCCAUUCAGGGGAAAUAUAGAGAACUCUGCUAUUGUCUCACCAAAAAGUUUACAGUUAGUUAGUCCUUCUAGUACUUUGAUUUCAAGGGAUUCUACAUGUAGUUCAACAAGUAGUCAUCACACACGGAGUUCGUCGAGCAUCGACGUAAUCAGAAGCUUAUCACCAACUGAUUCUUACUAUCCGCAUUCCGUUUUUCAAUCGAAUAAUUCUUCCAAUGCUCCCUUGCAAAACGAGUUUGAUUUACGAAAAAACUCCGAUCCCGGACGAUUAUCUACUCCAAAGAAUUCAAAUCCGAAAGUAGUGCGACGGUUCUUGGCUCGUAAAAACUCUGAUCCAAACAUCGUUUUUUCGCAAAUCUCAUUUAAUAAAAACUCCGAUUCCAAAAUUGCUCCUCUACAACGGUUCUCAGUUCGCAAAAAUUCUGAUCCCAAUAUCCUUAUUCCAACUCGCAAAAAUUCGGCUGGCAUUAUUACGAACCUACCUCUUCGUUAUAUUCCAUCGCUACUUUCACAACAAUCUAAUGAGCCCCCUCUCUCUUCGACUACUACAAUUGUACCACCACAAUCAACCGUAGCUUACGAUCUAAAGUGGUCCGCUAACGCCAUCGGUAAUAAUCUUCAGAUUACAGAAGAUGGAUGCGUAGUCUCUUCUCACACAUAUUUUCAAUCUCAAGCCGCCAGAGCUGAUCACUGUCUCACUAGUGGAUUCCACGAGUGGGAUAUCAUACUGGAGAAAUUGUCAGAAUACGCAUGUAUAGGUGUGUGUACAGAAGAAUAUGACUGCGUUUCGACAUACGGCAGAAAUCCGAUGCAAGGAUGGUAUCUGUGCACGGACAAUGGAAAUUUUGUGCAUGGGCAGAAAGUUUAUGGGAAUAUCAAUACAGUAGUUGGUGAAGAAAUUGAAACUGAUUCCCCCAAAGCGGAUACCAAAGUGGCAGAAUUUAAGAGGGGAACGAUCGUGACUGUACAUUUAGACAUGGAGCUGAAGAGAAUCGGCUUCUCUGUGGACGGUCGAAGAUAUCCGGACGUGGAAGGAUGGGAUGAUUUGGCGGACAAGUUAUAUCCCUUUGUGAUUAUGAAGCCUAACAACCAAAUAAGAAUUCAAUCACGUGUUAGUAUUUGA